UCGAAGUGGGGCUGUCGAGUUUGGCAAUCGCCUUGUGCAAAUCCAGUACAUCUUUUUGUACUUUUUUGUACUUUUUGUGCUUUUUUGGCUUCGCUGUGUCACUGUGCCUUGACACUUUGUAGCUUGUGUCGAUCGGUGCUGCGAGCUAGCACACCAGAGCCGGCUAGCAUUACCAGCCUGAGAUACGGAGGUGGAUUUUUUUCUUCUGUUGCUGGAUGCGUCGGCAGUUUGACCAUCGUGAUGCCUGCACCGAGGAAAAGCCCGACAUCGGAGGAACUCGAAGAGAUGAAGGUCACACUCCACUCCGCGAUGUGACUGCGGUGAGGGAGCAACAGGAGCAGCUUUUGGGCCUGCUGGAGGAGGUGAAACAACUAUGCCUCCAGAACGUGGAAAAAGACCGGCGCAUUGUGGACCUGGAGCAGCGAGUGGACGAGCUGGAGCAAUACUCCCGCAUGAAUGAUGUGGUCAUCACCGGGAUCAAAAUCAAGCCACGCAACUACGCGCGUGCGGUGACCGCGAGCAGCGGGGAGCCCAGCGUGCAGGAGACACAGUCGGUGGAGCAGCAGGUGGCUUCCUAUCUCCAGAGCAGGGGAAUAGAGAUGGACUUGGAGCAUAUCGAGGCGUGUCACCCACUGCCCAUGAGGAACCAGAGACCACCCGCUGUCAUCAUGAGAUUCACAAACAGAAAGAAGAAAAUUGCACUAUUACAGCAAGGACGCAAACUCAAAGGUACAGAUGUUUUCAUAAAUGAACACUUGACCAAGAAAAAUGCUGACAUCGCAAGGGUCGCACGACAACUUAAAAGGCAAAGCAAGAUUCAACAAACCUGGGUAACGAACUGUAAGAUCUUCAUCAAAUUAAAUGGGACGCCGGAGGAAGCAAAAGUCUUGGUGAUAAGGAAAAUAGAAGAUCUUGAGAAGUAUUGACAUUGACGCAGUACUUGGUAUCAAUGUAGCUUGUGACUUUUACAUCAUCUCAAUGCUACCCACACCAAGAACACAGACCACACCAAGUAUUGAUAUGGACAUGUUACAGAAGAUCCUCCAACAUCAACAAAAAGAACUGGACAUGUUGUUUUCCUUCCGUUGCCUGGGAUUCGAGCUGUGCGUCUCGCUUUCUUGCCCCCCCCGGAUCUUGACUGACUCCCCCCCGCCCCCUCCAUCCUCGACCCCCGCUUUGGACACGGACUUCUUGUCGCUCUCCAGCCCCACUGACCUCCCGCUCGGAUCACGACCUCUUUCUGCCUAGCCCCUUUUUGGAAUUGUCUGCUGUCUCUCUCUACACUACACGGUAAACCUCAACAGCUAAUCAUUCAUACACAUAGUCUUACACCAUACACCCUUUUGGGUUUUGUCACACUCCAUUCCUUUGUUGUUUAAUUGAAUAUAUUGUUCAUUAUUUAUUAUAAUUAUAUUAUGGGCAGCACGAUGGA